AUGGAGCUGAAGCUUCGGAAUGUGGUCUUGGCGGUGGCGGUGAGCGCGAUGGCGAUGGCAAUGGCAACCGAAGCCACGUCGGAGGAAUGGAAUAAAGAGUUUUCCAUGGACGGGCAGCUGGUGGGUGAUAAGGUGAGUGAGGAGGAAGAGAUGAUGAUGAUGAUGGAGGUCGGGUCGGCCCGUCGGAGCCUGCAGGGGGGAAAAACAAGGCACAUAACCUACGACGCGUUGAAGUCGGACCGAAUCCAAUGUGGUUACCGUGGACGAUCCUACUAUGAUUGCAAUCGGAGGGACCGUGCCAACCCUUAUCGCCGAGGUUGCACCGCCGUCACCCACUGUGCUCGAAACACUGAUUGA